ACGACAGUCGCCUAAGCCUCCUAUUACCUACGCCAACGCCCACGACGACUCCGACAACUCCGACGACUUCGACGUCCACUGUCAAGCCAACUGAUACCGGCAAACCUCAGCCAAGUCAGCCGUCUACACCAUCAGUGUCGUGUAAUGGUGUUCAGCCAUGGCAGGUUAAUCUCGCACGCAGGCGCUCAAGUGAUUUUCAAUAACCAACUGUGGACUGCUAAUCAGUGGAGUUAUAACAACAACCCUGAGUCCGCUGCCGGCGCGUGGACUGUGAACGGGUUUUGCAGCCAACCGAUCAGCAACAAAGUUGAUUGUACCGCAAUCCCUGCGUGGAAUCAGCCUACUGCUUACCCCGGGGGCUCCAAAGUGACCUUCAAUGGUCAUCUCUGGAUCUCUACGCAGUGGACUCAGAGUAACAAGCCUGGUGAUACUUCCGGAACUUGGAAGGAUUUGGGUGCUUGCAACUAAUAUCAUAGUUUGGACUUCUUAGAUACUUAGGGGUUGUUUGCGUCGAAGGACUUUAUCAUGGACAUUUCUUUACUGACUUGCUAUGGACAUAGUGAACAUUAGAUUUCUUUUAUUUCUUUAUCAAUCAAUUGUUUAUAUUUCCCGUUCAUUUCAUGUGAUUUCU